GGACCGUUGACCUUCUCAACAUGGCCGCCACGUAAACGUUGGCUAGUCGGACUGCUCAAGCAAGCUGGCGUAUCUAGUCUUCAUAUUUAUCACAACAACACGAACAAGAAGUGAAGAAGAAGAAGACGAGGAGUAGUAAGAAGACGACGACGGAACCAAAACCGACAAUAUUGACAUGGCAUCGAAGGACUCUAAUAAAGGAAAGAAGGGUGUCAUAGAAACAGAUUACAGGACGCCAGGAUUGAAGGGCGCACAGACCACCACACUGUUCAGAGCUGUCAACCCCGAACUCUUCAUCAAGCCAAAUAAACCAAUGAUGGCAUUUGGACUGAUUACCGUCACCUUGUGCGUUGGGUAUCUGGGCUACCUGCAUGCGAUGAAAGCAAACGACCAGCAGCUUUACGAGGCCAUCGACGGUGAAGGAGAGAGACUGAUGAGGAGGAAAGCUUCGAAGUGGGCUUGACCGCAGACUGCUGAACAGAAUGAAGGAAAAGCUGACCCAACUGAUGCACAAUCUCCAAACGCCAGACUGAAAUUGGAACCAUAAUGUCCCAUGUUUUUGGUGUGUAAAGAAAAUACAUUAUUUUCAGGAUUAUUGAAUUGAAAUGUGUUGUUACAGUCAAACGUGUGAGCCAGCCCACCUGACCUCAUGGGAGACUGUCGCUCUUUCGGUUAUGUUCAGUGAAUGAAGAAAAAAAAAAAAAUGACUGGUGUGGUUUGUUAGUAAAAGUACCGGUAUUUGUUUUAAAACGUGUCGUAUGACGAUGUUGGUCUUCGUAUUUCUUUUCAACUUUACCGCUCAUGAAUGUGCACUGAACAACGACAUACCCCAUUAACUAUGCGCACGGCAGCGUUUGGCGGAAAGGCGAUACGUGAACUUCUGCUUGGCUGGAAUUAAAGCCAACCCGUGUCGAACUCCUCAAAGUUCACUUGCUGUCGACUGGAAUCAAACUUACCAUGAAUGACGUAUGAACGACAGAAUUGCUAUUAGGUUGUUUCGUUUCCACGGGUGGGCAUUAGAUCCGCGGAAGUUGGUUUACAAACAAAACUUUUCUUGGCACAAAUGAAUUGGCUGGAAUAAUAUAUCAUGCAUAGAAACAACACCAUGUUCCACAAACAAUCUGUGGAAACCAAUUUUUGUUUUUGUCAAUAUAUUUGUUUCAAUAUUUAUUGACAUCAAUUUAAGUACAUCAGACCAAUCUGUUAUCUCGUACUUUUUUUAGCACAAGACAAAGGACACAAUUAUUACGUAGAAAUGAAAAAUCAAAAGAUACAAGGACCAAAGAUGAAAUAAAAUUAAAAAACUAUAUAAGGUAUUCCCUCCCCCCACCCAUAAUGGUACACCACUCAACCUUCAAUGUAUCUAUAUUUACCCAUUACAACACCUUUAGACACAAUUUGCCAAAGAAAGGGGGAAUCACCCAAGAGGAGAUAUUGAUGGGAGAACAUCGAGGACGCUUCCCAAUUUUAUUUUAUUUUUUAAACAUAAGUAAAAACGAUACAAUGAUUUGCAAAUCAUGUUCAACCUAUAUUUAAUUGAAGACACGACAAAGACAAGAUAUUUCAUGUUCAAACUGAUCAACUUUAUUGUUUUAGCAAAUAAUCAUUAACUUCCAAAAAAGCUGGGACAGGCUCAUGUUGACCGCUGUGUUCCAUCACCUUUUCUUGUAACAACAUUCAAUAAACGUUUGGUUAACUGA